GGGGGGGGGGGGGGAAUGCUAAACGGCUAUAAAUGUGCAGCCUUCGAUCGUCAGAGGCAAACACGUUCCUCGAACGAUAUUGGGAGCAGAAAAGCUCAGUCCGAGACAAGACCUUCGACAGAGGACCGAGCCUGGUACAGACAGAACGUACCUGAACUUCCGGACAGGGCGGCCCAAACUUUUUAUUUUCUUGUUCUCUUCCUCACCCCCCCACCACCACCGCCCUGCUAUUGCACCGAGAUGAGGUCGGUAUGGUUCCUGCUGCUGCUGGGUUACCUCAGCCUUCACAAGUCUGUGACCGCGAGUGAGCACACGGCGGCGGGCGAGGACAGACUGGGGGCAGAGGCAGAGCCGCUGGAGAAGAUGAUUCAGGGAGCGGAGACCGUCCUCAUUCGCUCCAUUCUGGAGGAAGGGCGGAAUGGUGACGCUUUAGGUGCGGACUCGCCACCUGCAGAGCGGGUCCUCAAGCGGCAGCACCCUGGGAAGCGGCUGGUAGGAGACCUGGAGAAAAGGCAGCACCCUGGCAAACGCCAACCCGGGCAGGACGAGGAGGACGGAGGCUGGGCACCAGAGAAGAGGCAGCACCCGGGGAGGAGAGAGCUGGAUGGGGUGCCCCUGGAGGUGCAGGCAAGGCAGCACCCGGGGAGGAGAGAGCUGGAUGGGGUGCCCCUGGAGGUGCAGGCAAGGCAACAUCCAGGGAGGAGGUCAACCUAUGAGCCCCUCCCGGGGGAGAGCACGGCCCGCCAGCUGGACACCUUCCUGGGAGAGCUCUCCAAGCGCCAACACCCCGGCAAGAGAUCCGUGAUGUAUGGCCAGCGUCCUGGCCACUGGAGCUGGCAGGAGAAUGGUGACGACUCUGGGGAAAGCCAGUACAACUCACCACAGUACCUGGAGGCAGCCGGCGGCAGCAGUGAGUUCCUGUCCCCCUGUGAUCUCCAGGAGUCUGGGAGCUGCAGCAAAGUCAAUUCUCUGUUAGCCUUGCUCAGCAAUACCAACAAGGAUAAGGCAGAGGUAAAGAGGCAGCACCCUGGUAGGAGGCUCGCUUCAGAUGAAGAGAUGCAGGGAAGAGCCUGAACUUACCGAAAUGUGAUUUACUCCGUUGUAAAAACAAAUGUUUGCUUUCAUUUACAUCAGGGGGGUGCCCUCUAAGACCAUGUAAAGCUCUGCUUUCUGGGCAGGAAUCAGUUUUUGUUCAGUCUGGUUCACCCAUCACAUUCCCCAGCAUGUCCCUUAAUGCAUGUCCCAUUACCCAAGAGAAUUGCAAAGAAGGGCAGAGGAAGGGAGGGAGGGAGAGGGAGAGAGAGAGAGAGAGAGAGAGCAAGAAACCAGGG